GAGGCGGCAGAAGCAGUGACGGACGGACGGACGCUCCUCUCCCGCCGGAACCUUCUUUCCCUUUCCAGAUGGCAACGACAGCAGAGGACCAGCGGGAACCGGAGGACGUCGCCACGCCGCCGGCGCCCCCGGGCUGCCCGCAGCACAACGGCAACAACAAUAACAACAACAAUAACAACAACAAAGACAGCGAGGCGGGGGAGAGCGCGACCUCCGCGACCGCCAGCUCCACCGAGUCCGGCGGCACGACGUCGCAGGGCGUCGGUAACGGCUCGGUCAUCAACCCCGGCGGCGGGAACAACGGGAAGUGGGUCCGGCUGAACGUGGGGGGCACGGUGUUCCUCACGACGCGGCAGACCCUCCUCAAGGAGCAAACUUCGUUCCUGUACCGCCUGUGCCAGCAGCAGGACCUGCACUCAGACACGGACGAGACGGGGGCUUACGUGAUUGACAGAGACCCCACCUACUUCGGACCCAUCCUGAAUUACCUGCGACACGGCAAACUGGUCUACAACAAGGAGCUCGCCGAGGAAGGCGUGCUGGAGGAGGCCGAGUUUUACAACAUCACGCCACUCAUCAAACUGAUCAAAGAGAGAAUCGUAGAGAGGGACUCCAAAGCCACGCAGCAGGUUCCCCCCAAACACGUCUACCGGGUGCUGCAGUGUCAGGAGGAGGAAUUAACCCAGAUGGUCUCCACCAUGUCGGACGGCUGGAAGUUUGAGCAGGUCAGCGUGCGCACCUGCAGAAAGCCCCGCACCGGACUGCUCUGGACUAUGGUGAACAUCGGCUCGUCGUACAGCUACGGCACGGAGGACCAGGCUGAAUUUCUCUGUGUGGUUUCCAAGGAGCUGCACACGCCGGGAUCCGGGCUGAGCACAGAGCAGAGCCACAAAACCAAGCCGGCAGAGAUGCAAGAGGAGGAAGCGGCGAAGGAGGAGGAGGAGGAGGAGCAGGGAGGGAGAGAUACCACACCGAAUGAGUGGCUUAGAGAAUGAGGGAGUCAUGUUUCUUUGUUCCAAAGAGAGAAUGGCUUUUCCAGAUCCACGGCUCCCGGAUGUAGGAAGAGAGUUCCUUCUUUUUUCUAACCUCGUGACUUCCUGUACAUGGUGUAUGUGUGUGUUGCGUUGAUGGACCAUCAUAACAAUGUGUAGCACUACUACCAGUUUAUUGACUGAACGCCAGUUAGCAUUACCAAAUUAGCAAAACAAAUCCCCCAGCCCCACCCAAAAAAGAAACUGACAAGCCAGUUGAAACAAUCCCAUCAGAAGUAUUUUAGCGUAGGUCUUUACUUUAAUUAGCUGAAUUGUUGGUGUGUGUAAAUAUUACAUGGUCAAGGGCAGUAGUGGAGCUUAGUAAACCAUAAUCCAAAGAUCUCUGUAAAGGUCAGCUGAACCACGCCGUGGCAGAGAGUGUUGAAUCUACAUUAGGGGGCCCAGCUUUGUCUUGGUUACCCAGCGGGGCUGCUGCUGGGAUCCGGUUGCACCCGGACUGUGCAGCAUUCGGGGUCAUUUCAUCUCCUAAUGAGGCGUCUGUCAGUUACCUGCUGCCGUCUGUCAUCGCGGUGACGGACGCAACUUCUGAUCAUUCCUGUAGUGUCGCAUUUAUUUUGCUGGUUAUUUUGUCUGGAGGAGGGAAAAAGCAAAGUCUCCCUAACCUCAUAGUAAACAACGAUGAUUACUUCAAAAUGCACUGAUCUUACAUAUUGUUAGUGUGAGUGAGGACAGGCGCAGAUUCGAUAGAAGAGUGCGUUAACCCACCUUUCUGAGCCUUAUUUAAGGAUGGCCUCGCACAUGAGCGACCACAUCUUCAUUUCUCGGCCGCGCUGGAUGCUUUCAGCGCCUCUGCAGCUCGUUCUCCCCGUAUCAUCAUUGUAUUAUGCGUUACGUAAGCUGUGGAACUGAGGGAAAACUGUGUAACUUAAGAAGGUCAACAGCAGGCGAGGCAGCGUGCUGACUGGAUCUCACACGGGCGAGUGUGAAACCUGGAGACGCACACUGCUCCGCACCCUGCGGUGCUCGGAGACACACCUGCAUCACCUUGCGCCGGUGCAGCAGCAGCAGCACCAGCAGCAGCAGCAGUGUGUCGCCAUGGCUGGGAUCCAGAGCCUGCCUUGUCCUCAGCUGACAGGGAGAGGGUGAUGUGAGUCAGGAAAGGCUUGAAAACAGGAGGAGGAGGGAAGAUGGAUUUCUUUUUUCUAAUAUGUAACCUCUCUGAAGUCGGUGCUAUCAGUCCACAGUGGAGAGAUUUGCCGCAGUGCAGGUGUGUGUGUGUGUGUUUGUGUGAUUGAAAAGGAUUUUGAGAAGCAGCACAAUAGCCAACCUUUGCCAGCCUCGGUCCGUAACACGUGAGAAUUACACCACGGAUCAGAUUUUGAAACACUGCAUGAGCCUGAUCCACGCGAUUGGCUGCGGUGAUGAAGUUAAUUUCACCCAGCGGAGUUUUAGGUGUUGCACACGUGCGCUUGUUACAUCAGGUCUGUAUGAAAAAAGGCGUUUUGCGACGAUUACAUCCAAUGUAGCAGAUCAAUCCUGAAAUAACAACUUUAAGCUGGGUAAAUUGCAUUAACUGGGGACUCUUUAUAGCUGUAAUGAUUUGCAACAAAUGCAAUCCAUCACUUUUAUUUCUUUUUUUUUUUUUCAAGCAAUACAAGUGGAGUUUUUCUCCUCUUGCUGCUGAGGUUGUACCACAGCGGAGAACUUGUGUUUGCGCCUGAGACUCUUGCAGCUGUGUUAAACGUUGACUGUCAGCAGCUUAUGUCCCGCCUCCUGCUGUUAAGCUCCUGUGUGAAGCCGACUGACCAGAAGCACACACACACGCACACACACACACACACACACACACACACUUGGGCUGUUUCAAAUAGGCAAUAAGCAGAUGGUGGUUGCAUAUUGAGACAAUCCAGAUUAAAGGUCGAGAUUGGUGUCUUCUUUUUUUCUGCUUACAUUUCGAUAAUUAAGUCUGAAUAAUAAGCCUGCAAAUGUAAUAUAUAUUUCGUGAGUGUGCGUGCGUGCCUAGAAUAAAACGUGUAGUUUGUCUUUAGUGUCAAAUUGAAAGAGAAAGGUGGUGAUCUUUAGGAUCCUCGCAGUCUGUUGACACAGCACAUGUUGGAGCUGCGGUUACUUCUGAUAAUCAUAACAGCGACAUUAGCAGCGCGCAGAGGACCUGAAGGUUUGUUCAUGUGGCUCUUUUAACUGGGAUCAUUCAGUGCCUUGAGUUCAAGCAGCAAAAACCCACAUAUCUGACGAUCUACAUGUCGAAUUUAUCACCUGCGUUGAUGUUUGUCAGUUGUUUUUUGUUUGUUUUUCAAAUGGUUGUUUGAGUUGGAGUAAAGACUGGGUAUGUUGGGAUGUUUGUGUAAACUUCGUCCGUUCUUGUUCAAGUUGUGUUCGAGUACAGAGUAACCAAACGGCUGCAUGUAUGAGGUGAAGCGGUUUCAUGCUCGUAAAAAUUUUGUGUGAAAUGCAGCACUUUUUUUUUUUGGGAUCUUUUAUACCUUUUAUUUAUUUUUUAGAUUUAUUUUUAAAUGUUGCAUGGAGGGAGGGAUUUGGGCUUUAACUUUUCUUUUUUCUUUUUUUUACUUAAGAGAGAGUGGGUUGGGGUCUAUCCGUAUGUGACAUUCCUCAUUUUUUUGUACUUGUAAGACUAGCCUUUAUGUUUGGCUAGCUCAGUGAUAUACUACAGUAUGUACAAAUAUAAUCACCAAGUUUACUGAAUAUGCUAGUUUUUAGGCUUAGUUCACGGAAAUGCUGUCUACAGAAAACCCCACCAAUAGUUUUCCCCUGAAAUGAAAAUAUUGGUUUUAUAAAUGUUUGUUUGCAUGUCCGGGUAACCCCGAUCACUUUGCUGGAUCCACAGUAAAAGGAACCGUGUGUAGGAUUUAUGAGCAAGGCAUUGCCAAAUCGAUUAUAUCAUCUUAUUUUAACUUUCAUGCAUUUGAAAGGUGUCAACUUGUUUCUUUCUUUAAUCCUACACACCGUCAGCUUUUACUUUUAGGCUUUUUCAUUAAUUGUUGAAACAUUUCUGCUGUAUGAUGGUGUUAUCUCAUAUUUGAUGUGUUUAAGUCGACAUAGUAGAGCUCCUUCAUCUUUCUGUGCACAAAAAAAAAAAGAAAAACCAAACGCCCGACAGGCGAAUCAAGCAGAAAACAUUUCUCUCUGAUGCUGGAGCUUCUUUCAUCUGCUGUCCACGAAGCCUCACUGUACUCUGACUGUAAUGGCAACUAUACAAAGUGACACAUGAAUUGUAACUCCUCAGACGAACAUAUGCAGGCUUCAUGGAGCUUCGUGUGUGUUUUCAUUUCAUUGACUUGUAUUUCAAUAACACUCAACAUCUUCAACAAAGUGACAAAAAGUGAGUUUUUUUGAUAUAUAUAAUUUAAUGUAAAUGAAUGUCACAAUGUCAAAAAAUAAAAAAAUACAUUUUUUUUGGUUUAAGAUGGA